AUGGAUAAAGUAGAGCGCGUGAUGAAGAUGGUGACGAGGAUGUCACCGAGGAAGAAGAGGCGGGACGGAGGAAGAUCGGCGGGGAAGCUGCUGGAGAGCCCCGAUACUUUCUGUGAGGAACUCUGCCCAUUUAGCCUCUGCGUUGGUGAUGACGGACCGUACGGAAAGACCAAGGAAGUCUCUGGACCGGAACACAAUGCCGCCUCCCGGAGACACAGCAUACCAGAAGCGCUGCGGGGCGUGACGAUGGUGGAACUGGUAAAGAAGGAAGGCAGCACGUUGGGCCUCACCAUCUCCGGCGGAACCGACAAGGAUGGCAAGCCACGGGUCUCCAACCUGCGGCCCGGGGGGCUGGCCGCUCGGAGCGACCAGUUGAACGUAGGCGACUACAUCAAGUCGGUCAAUGGUAUCAACUUGACCAAACUUCGGCACGAGGAAAUCAUCAGCCUCCUCAAGAAUGUCGGAGAACGCGUACUGCUCGAGGUGGAGUACGAGCUGCCGCCUACAGCACCAGACAGCACAUCGGGUGUGAUUUCCAAGACAAUCGACAUAUGUUUGCACAAGGAAGGCAACAGCUUCGGCUUUGUGGUCCGAGGCGGCAUUCACGAAGACUGGCACAAGUCACGCCCCCUGGUGGUCACAUACGUGCGGCCUGGAGGGCCCGCAGACAGGGAGGGCACACUGCGUCCUGGCGAUCGCCUUCUGACGGUGGAUGGCGUGCCGCUGCACAACGCCAGUCACAGUGAUGCCCUCAGCGUGUUGGCUCAGUGUGGACAGGAAGCUCUGCUACACAUCGAGUACGAUGUCACCAUCAUGGACACAUUGACUAAUGCAUCUGGUCCUCUCCUUGUGGAGAUGGCCAAACCCCCGGGGGCCACGCUAGGCAUCACGCUGACGUCGGCGACCCAUCGCAACAAGAGGGUUAUCGUCAUUGAGCGGGUCAAGCCAGGAAGCGUGGUGGACAGGUGUGGAGCGUUGCACGCCGGAGACCACUUGCUGUCCAUCGACGGGACAUCCACAGAGCACUGUAGUGUCCUGGAGGCCAUGCAGCUACUGGCCAGCACCACUGAGUUGGUCAGGCUAGAGAUGCUACCCGUGCACCAGACCAGGAUGACCGGGAAUAAGCAACAUGACACUGUGAAGGUCCAGAAGUCAGACCACCCCCACCCUCACUCAUGGGACCCUUGCGUCAACUUCUGUCCGCCGCCUGUGAACUCAACCCACUGUAACGCUAGCUCCACCUUGCACAAGUCAUGGACUGCCUCCAACAACAACGCUGUCAAUAACAACAAUCUCGACUACUGCAAAUCUCUAGUGUCGGCUAGUUUCUCUCCAGGUUCCACGACCACGUCUGGCCCCAGCAGCCAGGGUUCCAACACGCUCCCCAGGCCGACUGUCCCGAUGAGCCCCCGAAACUCUCUGCUCAAACGUAGACACAGAAAGAAAGACCACAAAAGCUCCCUGUCGCUGGCCUCCAGUUCGGUGGGUCCUGGCGGUCAGGUGGUCCACGUGGAGACCAGCGAGGUCAUCCUAAUGGGGGACCCCCUCAACGGCUUUGGCGUCCAGCUGCAAGGAGGAAUCUUUGCCACCGAAACCCUCUCUGCGCCCCCGCUCAUAAGAUUCAUUGAGCCUGACAGCUCGGCCGAAAGGUGUGGCCUCCUGCAGGUGGGAGACCGGCUGCUGUCCAUCAACGGCAUCGCCACGGAGGACGGCACCCUGGAGGAGGCCAACCAGUUACUCCGUGACGCCGCGCUCACCAACAAAGUCGCGUUGGAGAUCGAGUUUGACGUGGCAGAGUCUGUAGUGCCCAGUAGUGGAACUUUUCAUGUGAAAUUACCAAAGAAAAAAGGCGUGGAGUUGGGACUCACCAUUAGCGCCAAUAAGAAGGCAGGAGAACCUCUCAUCAUCUCCGACAUCAAGAAGGGAAGCAUGGCACACAGGACAGGAACUCUUGAACCAGGUGACAAACUUCUGUCAAUCGACAACGUCCGUUUGGAAACGUGUUCCCGUGAGGAAGCGGAGCAAAUACUGCAACAAUGCGAGGAACUCGUCAAACUAAAGAUCCGUAAAGACGAGGACAACUCAGAUGAGCAGGAGACGUCCGGCAGUAUAAUCUACACAGUGGAGCUGAAGCGCUACGGUGGCCCAUUGGGAAUCACCAUCUCGGGAACCGAGGAACCCUUCGAUCCCAUCACCAUCUCCGGACUCACUAAGCGAGGCUUGGCCGAGAGGACGGGCGCUAUCCACGUGGGAGACCGCAUCCUGGCCAUCAACAGCGUGAGCCUCAAGGGAAAACCUCUGAGCGAGGCCAUUCACCUCCUCCAGAUGGCUGGAGAGACCGUCACGCUCAAGAUUAAGAAGAUGCUUGACAAUGCAGAUGAUAGGAAAGCGAGCGAAGCGGAUGACGCCACGGAGAACGAGCUGAGCGACGGGGACGAGGAUGACUUGACCGACUUGACAGACAGCCAGCAGACCAACAAGUUGUCGGAACUUUACGCCACGACCGUCCCCAGCGUCGACUCGGCCAUGGACUCCUGGGAUGGCUCUGGACUGGACGCUGGAUACUGCAGCCAGGGCACAUACAGCCACCAGGUGUCCACCGGCAUGGCACUUCACCCUCACGAGUGGCGUAGUGCCAAACAGCAGCACAGUAUUACUCCCCCUCCUGGCUGCCGGAAGAACUACCCUUUCAGCGACGGUGGCUUUAGCGAGGACGAGUGGGAAAAACCCUCGAGUUUCCUUGGCCAAGCGUCAGAUGGAAUUCUUCUGGAUUCCGAUGACAGUUUCUGGUGUCAAGCCUUGGAGGACCUGGAGACUUGUGGACAAUCCGAACUGCUCAGAGAGAUUGAGGCGUCCAUCAUGACUGGCACAGCAAUAAGUUUGGGAGUAGAAGGUGCUAACAAGCAAGAGUCUAUCAUGAGCCACGGCCGAAUGAGCCCGUUGCGGCGGAACUCCCUCCUCCACCAGGGGGCGCAUCUGCAGGAGGAGUUGCAACUGCACGAGGACGAAGAUAUCCAUAAAAAGUCUCACGCCCUCCUGGAGGUCCACUUCCACCCAGACGAGCUGCUGCACCCGGGGGCGCGCCUCCUCCAGAACAGCCUGUCCCCGUCUGGGCAUCAUGAGCCCAAGUCCAAGGCUUCGUUGAGGGUUUCAGAAAGGACGUGGGAAUCGCGGCGCAUCAAGGAGGAGAUGCAAGGGCUCCUGUCACCUACGCCUCUGGAGCUACACAAAGUAACUGUGAUAAAAGAUCCCGAAAGUGAUGAUUUUGGCUUCAGCGUUUCCGACGGCUACCUGGAAAAGGGCGUAUACGUCAACAUGGUCCGACCUGACGGACCGGCCGAGCGAUCAGGCCUCCGACCCUACGACAGGAUCCUUCAGGUGAAUCAUGUCAGGACUCGGGACUUUGACUGCUGCCUAGCGGUGCCGCUCAUCACGGAGGCCGGUGACCGAUUAGAAUUGGUCAUCAGCCGUAACCCGCUGGAUGCCGCCGAGGACAACAACAACACUCUGGACCACCACCCGUUGGAUCUGUAG